CCGAACCCCGCCCUCUCGCCGCCCAAUUGGCUGAUGCGUGGAAGGGGUCGCCGCCUGAUUCGUCGCGGUGGCUGCCCAUCAGUUUUUUUUCCAGGGCUGCACGAGGGGGAUAUAAAGGCUGGAGGAGACGCCAGAGCGCAGCUCGAGAACCAAGCAGGAGCUCGAGCUUCAUAAAGCGCAUAUAAGGCGGGUGCGAGAUCUCGCUCUCACAUUCACAGCUAGACACAGACACACAGACACGCUCCGAGUUUAAACAUUAACUCAAGUCAAUAUAUAUAUAUAUAUAUAUCUAUCACGGAGAACAACAACAACAACAAAAAAAAAAGAAAGAAACUCGGAAAGGAGGUGGGGGGUGUAAAAAGAAGGCGGAGAAGCGGCGGCACCAGCGAGAGAGAGAGAGUUUGGUGGUGUGUGUGUGUUUUUUUUUUUUUUUUAAUUCUUGUCCAAAAGAGGUCCCGUAGCUUAUGAAUUAUUCAUGAGCGCGGACGACGUCUGAAGAAAGGGGCGGGGGCCUUAUGCAAAUCGCCUCCACCGUCUAGAGACCCGAGGUGGGGUGGGCGCGACGCACGGCACGCCACGCCACGCACAGGAGGCGGGCGGCGGUGUUCGUGGUGCACGACCGAGCAGAGAUCGUCGUUAUUUGGAUACAGGCAGGAAACUCGCAAGCAGCGCGGAGCUCAGCCUGCAACUGGAACCACAGCUGCGUCCCAAACUGGACCCGCUGAGCCAGAACCUGCAGGACCCACACCUCAAUGCCUUUCUCAAACGACUGCGCAAGAGAGCAAAGGCCGCAUCUGAAAUAACAAUAAUAACAACAACAACAACAAGAACAACAACACAAAAUAAAUAAAACAAUAAAAAUGAUCGAGAUGCCCGUGGAGAACGAGGUCUCGGUGGAAGAGACCGCGGGGGAUUCGGCUCCUCUGGAGGUGCAGCGCGCUGGACGCUCCACCUCCCUCGCUGGCUGCUGCAGCCCCUCUGCGUCUCGAAGGACUAAGCCUGGCGGGGACGGGGUUAACGACUCCGCCCCUUCGAGCGGGGCCAGCCUGGGCCCCGAGCGAGGGGCCUCCGACCCAGCCGGCGCUGCUUCCAACAGCGCAGCAGCCGGGACCAAAGCACAGGCGCGUGGAGGAACGGAGGGGGAACAGAGGGCAGGGCAGCUUCUGAAACCUAAAAAUGGGCUCCAGCAGCAGCAGCAGCAGCAUUAUAAUCAGGCACAGAAGCCCAACAAAAGGCGAAACAGCGUCAAUAUCGGAUUCAGGCACCCAGGCUGCAAGAGACGAAGGCGGGCUAACUCGGAGUCCGACCCCGUCCUGCCCACCAACUUCCUCCUGGGGGGCAACAUCUUCGACCCCUUAAACCUGAACAGCCUGCUGGACGAGGAGGUGAACCGGGCGCUCAACGCCGAGACCCCCAAGUCCUCCCCCCUCCCCCGGAAGAACCGGGAGGAGCCCGUGGAGAUCCUGAUCCCCAAAGACAUCACCGACCCGCUCAACCUGAACUGUGGGGGCGACGUCCUGGUGUCCCCCGUGAAGGGAGGGGGGAGGAAGAGGCACAGGCACAGGCAUCAUGGAGGAGGAGGAGGAGGAGGAGGAGGAGGAGGAGGAGGAGGAGGGGGGACGGGAGGGGCAGGGGGACCCCCCCAAACCCAAACCCAAACCCAGCCUUCGGGUAACGCGGCACCCGAACAACCAGCUGAGACUGCGGGCCACAAACCGAGACAGACGCCCCCGGUGGCCGUGGCAGCGGUUGAGGGAUCCGCCGUCGCUUCUCUUAAUCACCGUCUUCCUCAUCAUCUUCCUCCUCCUCCUCCUCCUGCUUCUUCCAGUGUUUCUGACUCUUUUCUGUGUCCUCCUCCCGCUGCACCUCCACCUUCCUCUGUUCUUUCAGCGGCUUCCGUCCUUCCCUCCCCUUCCUCUUCCCCCUCCGCAAGGCCAGUGCAGCACGGGGGUCCUGGGACAGCGGGGACGACGAAACCCGCCUUGCUGAUGUCGCCGCUGCCUCCUCCUCCUCCUCCUCGGAGGGCGUCUGCCGGUUCUGCCCCGGCCGCUGCGGGCUCCCCCUCUCCUCCCUCCUCGGGAGUCCCGGAGCCUUACGAGCUGAACACCUCCAUUAACUGCAGGGACGAGGUGGUGCAGCCCCUUCUGCCAGCCGCUCGCGCCGCUGCUGGUAAUGAUAACAAUUCGUCGUCUUUGCCUUCGAAUUCUCAUCCCUCAUCCACGUCGUCCCGCCAGCGCAAGAGGCGCAGGGUCUCGAGCAGCAAGUUGGAAACUGUUGGGGGCGGCGCUGGGGAGCGGGAGAAGAAACUCGCCCAGGAACAGGAAAAGGGAAAGGCUGGAGGAGGAGGAGGAGGGAUUGGGAAGAAGCAACUGCCCAACAACAACAACAACAAACCAGGCCCCAAACACAAACAGCGCAAGUUCCAGUACGGAAACUACAACAAGUACUACGGCUACCGCAACCCGGGCUGGUCGGAGGACCCGCGGGCCGGGGUUCUGAAGCCCGAGUGGUUCCGGGGGAAGGCGGUGCUGGACCUGGGCUGCAACGCGGGUCACCUGACCCUCGCCAUCGCCAGGGACUGCGGCCCCGCCCGCAUCGUGGGCGUCGACAUCGACGGAGGGCUGAUCCACUGUGCCAGGCAGAACAUCCGGCACUACCUGUCGGAGCGGGCGGGGGGGGGCCCCCCCGGGAGGCGCUUCCCGGACUCGCUGGCUGUCUGCCACGGCCCCAUCGCGGCGCCCCCUGUCUGCGGGGUGCUGCCCGGCGCCGCGGGGGAGUUUCCUGACAACGUCUCCUUCCUGCAGUGUAACUAUGUCCUGCAGCAGGAUGCUCUCCUCCUCACUCAGAAGCCAGAGUACGACGUCAUUCUCUGCCUCAGCGUCUCCAAGUGGGUUCACCUGAACUGGGGGGACGAGGGGCUCAAGCGCCUCUUCAAGCGCGUGUACCGCCACCUGCAGCCAGGGGGCAUCUUCAUCCUGGAGCCCCAGCCCUGGACGUCCUACGGGAAGAGGAAGAAGCUCACGGAAACUAUUUGCAGUAAUUACUACAACAUCCGCCUGAAGCCGGAUCAGUUCUCCUCGUACCUCAUCUCUCCGGAGGUGGGGUUCAGCAGCUACGAGCUCCUGGGGACCCCCCACAGCGCCCACAAAGGAUUUCAGAGACCGAUUUAUCUGUAUCACAAGGGACUGCCCUCUGUGGAGCAGUGAGCGAGCCCCGGGAUACUCCGCCUUCCUUCUCUCUCUUUAUCUUUUAAAAGUAAGAACAUUUAAAAACGACAGGAAGAAAAACAGGAAGUUUGGGAGAAGAAAAAAAACAACCACACACAACACCCAGCAUUUUUGGAUUUUAAAAUAAUCUCUCUCUCUCUCUCUCUCUCUCUGUGUAUAAACUUUUUCGUUUGUUGAUGAGGAAGUUGUUUAAGCCAAACGCUGACUUAACUUGCUCGUUUUUUUUUUUUUAUUUGAAUUAAUAAAUACUUUUUUUUUGUGGAAAAAAAAGACAAACAAAAAACGGAUUGAUCGAUCAGCUACACAUCCCAGCGCAGUGCAGAACCCUUUCCUCUGGACUGACUCCACAGACGAGAUUAUCCUGCUGUGGAAAAUGAGUUUUAUUGUGAAGGGGGGGAGAGGAGGAGGAAUCUACACUGACUUUACUAAGGACCUGAAUUCAAAAACACCCCCCCAUACAUACACAAAAAAAACUUCUUUUUUUGUCUUUGACAGAACAGGAUUGUGAAGGGGUUUGUUUGUUCCCCACAAUUUGGGGUAUUAUUUGGGUUUUCGCUGUCCGUCCUUGAUGAAACUCAAACUGAAACUGAUGGGAUACUUCCUGUUGAAGACCGUUUAAAAAUGCAAACGCGAGACUGCUGAUCAAGAUGUGUGUGUAUGUUAUUGAUAAAGUCUGAUCUACAUCUGGUGGUAAUUUGUGUGUCAAUCAGAGGCAGCCAUCUUGAGAAGGUGUGAUAUACACCUUUGUAAUUUGUGUGUCAAUCAGAGGCAGCCAUCUUGAGAAGGUGUGAUAUACACCUUUGUAAUUUGUGUGUCAAUCAGAGGCAGCCAUCUUGAGAAGGUGUGAUAUACACCUUUGUAAUUUGUGUGUCAAUCAGAGGCAGCCAUCUUGAGAAGGUGUGAUAUACACCUUUGUAAUUUGUGUGUCAAUCAGAGGCAGCCAUCUUGAGAAGGUGUGAUAUACACCUUUGUAAUUUGUGUGGCAAUCAGAGGCAGCCAUCUUGAGAAGGUCUGAUAUACACCUUUGUAAUUUGUGUGUCAAUCAGAGGCAGCCAUCUUGAGAAGGUCUGGAAUGCAUUCAGUAGUUCUGGUCAGGCUGGUCCCAACAGGAGAGGAGAGGAUUGUCUUUAUAAUGACUGAGCCCAAAGAGAAUUCUUAUUAUUUUUAAACCCCCCCCCCCCCCCCCCCCCCAGGUUCUGUUUAGGAUGAUUCUGAUGUACCGGGAUGAUUUUUCAUCUGGUCGAUCCCACAUUGUUUUGCAUAAUAUUAAAGCUUCAAUUGGA